AUGGAGUUCCAACGGAAGAUUGUCAAGCAGUCUGGACUUGGUGACGAAACUUCUUUGCCUGAAGCAGUUCGCAACCCAUAUUUAAAAUCUACAAAUAUGAUGGUCAUAGCGAGGGAGGAGGCAGAGCAAGUGAUGUUUGGUGCAUUGGAUAUUCUAUUCUCUACUACAUCUGUGAAGCCGAAGGACAUGGGAAUUCUUGUUGUGAAUUCUAGUUUAUUUAGUCCUACUCCAUCCCUAUCCGCUAUGAUCAUAAAUAAAUACAAACUUAGAGGUAAUAUCAAGAGCUUCAAUUUAGGUGGGAUGGGUUGCAGCGCUGGAGUGAUUUCAGCCGAUCUUGCCAAAGACAUGCUUCAGGUUCAUCGAAACACCUAUGCUAUUGUCGUGUGCACAGAGAACAUUACUCAUGGUGCCUACUCUGAUCGCAACAAAUCCAUGAUGUUAUCUAAUUGUUUAUUCUGUGUAGGUGGUGCUGCGACCUGCGAUGCUGGCAAUCAUUUCUUCUUUCUGGGAAACUUGAUUAGCUCUGAGUUCAUUCAGUCUUUCUGA